UUUCCGUUUUAUGAAUGAAUUGAUAAACUUUUUGAUGAAAUUGUUAAACGAUUUGUAUGUUUGAGUCAUUCAUUGAUUGAUURAUUGAAUGAAUGUUUAAUUGAAACCAUUGUCUGAAUCGUUGACUUUUUUUGGCUUUGAUUUGACAUCAAUUGAUGUCAUCGUCGGUGACCUACUAGUGGUGAUCAUAUAUAAUGUCAUGGAUUUGAAAGAAAUAUUUCUGUUAAUACUGUUAUUAGUGUUAUCAGUGAUAAUAAUAAUAAUAAUUUACUGUAUUUGCCGAAAACGUGUCCACAAAAACAACAAAGAAGUGAAUACACAAAUCAAAGACAAAUCCCAAUCGAUUCACGAAACGAAAGGUACUGUCGGGUCAUUUGAUGGACCAAUUAAUGUAUCACUGAGUGGUGCGGACAAUGGUCUGGACAAUGAUAAUCGAUUUAUACGUCAAAAGUCAAAGAGGUGGAAACUGAAGAGGACAGUAAUACCCAAUCAACAGACAAUUGAUACCAAAGUGGACAUCGAUUGCAAUGGAUUGGCGUAUAAUGCUUGCGAAGAAGGGAUUUCAAUCGAUACUAACAUCGGUUCCGAUUCAAUACUAUCUGGUCUGAGAAGAUUGUUUGACUCAAAAAAGUCUACCAUUAAUUCUCGUAAGAGCGGAGGUUUAUCACGAAAUGCUCCAAAAAUAUUCAUUAUAAAUGACGACAAAGAAGUGUUCAAGAAGUGCGAUAAAUAUAAGGAAAAGAAACGAAAUGAACGCUACAAUUAUGGCUGUGAUGGCGAUGACAAUCAAAUAAAUGAAGGUUUUGCUUUCGAUAUACUCGAUAUGAGUAACAAUACUGAGUCACUGAAGACCAACAGUAAAACGGAUGUGAAGUUACGGUCAAAGAGAAAAUCGGAAAGUGAUCCCAGAAUUGUUGGUGACAUCGAAACACUGGAUUACGCCGACCAUCGAAAUGAGUCAUUGAAUGGAUUUUCUUUUCAAUACAUUGAUGAAUGUGUCAAUAAUGAAGAGAUCAAUUCAAUGGACUACUCAGUGGUGAACAAUGAAAUUACUUCCCAUUUAAGUCGUCGAAACUCAUAUAUCUAUGAGGACAUGGAUUUCAUUCAUGACGUCAAUCAAAUAAUUGAUACUACUUUUGAUAAUCUCAUUAAAAACAUUGACAAACAUUUUGAUGACAAAUAGU